AUGAUAAAAAGUUGGAUCUAUUCGAGAAUAAGAACAACUGAGAAUGGUAAUCGUACUCCUUGUCACACUAACUGUAACUGUAAUUGUAAUAGCUAUUAUAAUAGUAGUAGUAGUAGUCGUAGCCAUCGCCAUCAUCGUCGUUGUCAGUCAGUCAGUCAGUCAACAGCAGUAGCAGCAACAACAGCAGCAGCAGCAGCAGCAGCGGAAUCACAGGCAACCAUUGCACUGACGUGGCAAGCACAACAACCCUCCUCCUCCACCCACCCCAGAAAGCACCAAACGCUUACACCCAAAGGAUGA